AUGCCUCCUCGUUCCAGCAAUCACAGAUCAACUUUGUCGCUUUCAAAGACCGAAGUCACGAUUCAUGUCUACGAUCUGCUGCCUCCGGGAAGAUUGUCUUCUGUUCUUUGGACGGUCGGCGCCUCGCUCCUUCAUUCAGGCGUCGUGAUCAAUGGCAAGGAAUACGCAUACGGCGGGCACGAGAGGCGCGGCGUGACGGGGGUGUACUGGACGAAGCCCAGGACCGAGCCACCCGGCGGCACCUUCAAGUCGGAGAUCCUCCACGGUUUCACCUUCGCGACCCAGGCCGAAAUCGACCAGAUCCUCGAAGAAGCGUCCAAAGAGUUCCUCGGAACCUCCUAUAACCUCUUGACCAAGAAUUGCAAUCACUUCACGUCAUAUUUGUGCAAGAAGUUGACCGGCCGACCCGGACCCGGCUGGCUGAACCGGGCCGCCAGCAUCGGCGUCGCGUUGCCCUGUGUCGUUCCCCGGGACUGGAUCGACCCACCAGAAUACGAUACCGCGGACGGCGCGCUUUUGGAGGAGGAAGACGACCAUGCUCACGAAGGCUCCAGGAUGCUGAAGCAAUCGCCUCCCAGAUUCCUCACGGAGAAUUCCAAGAGUUCCGAUGACGUCGACUGGGAUAGCGAAGAGGAGCGGAGACGAGGUGGGAAUGGCAAGGGCAAGAAAGCCGUACGAGACACGAGCGGUCGCGAUCUGCCCGCAGCCGAGAGGGCCCCUGAUCGCAAGUGA